AUGACACUUGAACAACAACAAUCUAACAAAUAUUUAUCUACUCCAGCAAUUUUUCAAUUUCAUCAGCAGGAAAAGAAAUUACAACAACAAACAAACUUUGAUCUUGCUCUCAUCGACCAAACGACCCGGAUUCACCUUGAAUUGGUUAAUGGUGGUAUUAGUGAAGAAUUUCUUCCUUUUAUUUUCAUAAGUGGAACACAAAAAAGUCUUAAAAGCAUUUGCAACUUGCAAAAUGAUGAUAAAUAA